UUUCUCCAGCAUACUUCUCAGGCUGUUACAAAGAUUCUGACAGAAAUGAGACCAAAGAUUUAUCUUUUUGGUGACUCGAUCACUGAAUCCUCUUUUGCUGGAGGAGGAUGGGGUGCUUCUCUUACCAACCAUUUUUCUCGAAGGGUAGACAUGGUGGUAAGAGGGUUUGGUGGGUACAAUACAAGGUGGGCUUUGAAGGUGAUAGACAAGGUGUUUCCUCCGGCACCGGCGGCUGACAGUGGCGUCGGGGAAGCAGAGGCACCCUUGGCUGUAACGGUGUUCUUUGGUGCAAAUGAUGCUUCCCUUCCUGAUCGACAUGCUGCCUUCCAACACGUACCUGUUGAUGAGUAUAAGCAGAAUCUUUGCUCCAUCGUUUCCCUUUUGAAGAGACGAUGGCCUCGGACUCAUGUUCUGCUAAUCACACCUCCGCCAAUCCAUGAAGCAGCACGACUCUUGUAUCCAUAUGGUGAGAACAAGCUGGGCUUGCCAGAGAGGACAAAUGAAGCAGCUGGUAGUUAUGCCAAAGCUUGUCUUUCUGUUGCAGCCGAAUUUCAAGCACCAGCUAUAGAUCUCUGGACCAAAAUGCAGCAAUUUCCUGGCUGGCAAACUGCUUUGCUAUGGGAUGGCUUACACCUUACUGAGCGGGGCAAUAGGAUUGUUUUUGAAGAAGUCGUUGAAAAGCUCAAGGGAGAAGGCCUGAGUCUGGAAACUCUACUGGCUGAUCUUCCUCUCAUAACCGACAUUGAUCCAAAUGAUCCUCUUAAAGCUUUUGAAAUUUGAAUUAAACAGAGCCUUCUGCUUCUAUGCCUUUGUUUCCUCAUGCCAGAUCUAGAGUAUGAUGUCUAAGCAACAAAUGUCUACAUAUUAUAAUAAUCAUGAGGAUGUUCAAGUAGCAAACUGUUGGUACUUUUUUGGGGUUCUUAGGUAAUCUUCAAAAUUGCCUUU